GUCAUUCCAGCCAGGUAGCUUGCAAAAUUUACAAUCUUCACAAAUUCUAUCCAUUCUUGGAAAAUACUCCUUUGCCAGUAGCUUUGUUAUUUACUAUUUACAAUUAACGCUCCACACUUCCAUGGACCUUGAACACUUCAUAUCAUUUGAUGUGAAUGCACCAAUGAGCUAUUAUAAGCGGAAACCCUUGCGAGAGAUUUACUGAGUUGGUCGCUUUGUCUUUCUUUGAUUAAUGAUGAAUCGUGAGGAGCUUCCUACCGAGGUUUGGACAACAACUCACACGUCGAAAAGCUCACCUAUGAAGAGUUUUGCGGCUCUUAUACUAAGAGAACUAAGAAGACCUAGUCGGCUCCGCAGUCGUAUCCUAAUCUCAUUCAUUUUAAUAUCUUCUGUGAUUUUUCUUUUUCUUGGCAGAUGGCAUGCAGUCAGUAUAUUUCAUAGUGCUCAUUACUCAAGCAGAAGAUAGUCUGCAAGUCCUAUAUGUUCAACUACAAAUUUUUGUAGGUUGCUAACAUCUUUUUAUUAGUAUAAAAUCGAACGCACAGCGUCACAUUUGGGUAACUACGUUCCUAAUAAACUGACAGGAGCUUUCCCGCCGUACGAUGUCAUCGAAGGUGGUGGGUUAAAUAAUACUAUACCAGACAACGACACCAACACAGAGGUUGCCAGGCCAAAGUUCCAUCUGAUAAUACCGACAAGAAAAAGAUCAGUCAAUCUCUGCAAAACUCUGGUAUCAGCUGCAAUCCUCAAUUAUCCACCUCCUACGCUAAUUGGAUUUGAACUGGAGGAAAAGGAGGGGAACGACAGGUUAUCUUCACAAUACAUACAAGACACCCUGAAUUUUCUCAAUGGCAAGGAGGUCAAUGAUGAUGAUAUGGUAUUUAUACUAGAUGAGGAUACCUGGCUCCAACUCCCUGUCGAGAUAAUCAUCAGCAGAUUCCUACGCGAUACACAGGAUUCCAACGCCUCACUUCUCAAACAGUAUGGACGAGUUGAUACAAAUAAUAGCAUGUUCGAUAGAGCUAGCCCAAAACAGCUCCGGCUUCAAAAAUACACACAAAAAGUCCUCUUCGCAGCUCAAAAGAAAUGUAGCAUUGGAGACGGUCCAGCCGAACUAGCUUGUUACGCAAAUAGUAUACCGCAAUCAACAUUACCGAAAAAAAAUCAUAAAAGCAAAGCGGAUAAGUAUGAAGCGGGCAUAUACAAUCGCCCGAGAUUUAUAGAGGGUGCGUUAGCCGUAGGGAAGGCCGGAGAUGUCCGAAGAGUUUGGAAGAAAGCCGAGGAGUUGGUCCGGUUACAAAAUAAGAGUAAGAAGGACACAUCGGUACAAAAAGUCUUGACGCAAAUCUUUGGAGAACAGGAAUGGAAUCGAAGUCAGAGCAGGAAAGCAUCAUCUUCUAAAUUUCGCAUCUGGCUCGAGGAAAAAAUGGGGUACGGUGUUGGUGUUGAUGCUCUUGCAACGAAUAAUAUAAUGUUUAAACCAGAAGGUGCAAGCGAAAACUAUGAAUUUGGUAUUGGACUCGAUUAUUCGUCUAGGGUUUUCCAAACAAUGCAGAAAUCGAGCGAUGAUCUGAGGUUUGUUCGGUAUGGGGAUAAGCAGGAAAAGGGGAUUGUGAGAAUGAGGGGGGUUAUCAAGGGCCAAGUGGAGAACUCUGGGAUACUACCCGCAGAGUUGAAGGUCAUUGAAGGACCGCUUGAGUUGUGUGGAGAUGGAGAUGUGCAUAAAGAAGGAGAGAUAACCAAGACUGGGAUAGAAAAUGCCUUGAUGGAUGCAAAAAAACAAAAUAUAACUUGGAGAGAUGUGCAAUUGGGCACAAAUAUAAAAUUUCCGGGGACCUCAGUACCCGCGUCCCUAAAUUUCAAUUUCCAUGGCAAAGAUAUAGACGAAGGAGCAAAAUUAAAAAAAGAAUUAUGGGGAAAUAUGUGGUGGAGGAGAUGGGAUAAAUCACUUUUGAAAGCAUGUACCAGCAGUUCUGGAGCUGAACAGGCUUGGAAGAAUGUCGUGGGGGAUGGGGAGAUAUGGUGGGAUUUGAGAGGAGGGAGGGGCGGUGUUUGGACGGGUGAAAGGGUUUGGAUCGAAUGGGGAAAGGUUUGUGGGGGGGAGGAAUUUGAGGAGGAGGUUUUUGGGGAUGCGUGAGAGGGUUGGCAGAGAUGGAUGAGAAUACAGCUAGGGUGAUGUGUAAACCCGUAAAUCGAAUGAAUUUGGGACCUGGAGAUAUAUGCCUUUCUUUAGCUUUCGAUGCAAUUGAAUUCUAAGAUCACAAUUAUACAAGUAGAGAAGUUCGAGUGUUC